CGUAACGACGUCAAUAUCACCUCUUUUGCCCUGACACUUGGGAGGGAAGAUUUUUCUCUGAACCAAACCAUGCCAUCUUAUGAUGGCCUCGAAAAGACACUUGAUCAUGUUCUUUUUAACUUUUCUCAGAGUCGUUUCCAAAAAUGCCUUUCGCUUGAUGGCAAAACCAUUGUCAUAUCCGUUUCGCUUCUCAGAUGUUAUUCGACUGCAUGCAGCAACCGGAAUAUGGGAAGCUGUGACAGAAAGGCAAAUAACAUAACUGACCUUUUCCCGCCACAGCCACACUCCUCACUUGGUUUUAUCCAAGUCAAUAACGCCUGGUACUCGGAUCAUCAGGCAAUAUUCUUUGUGAACUACGUCGGGCAUCCAUCCGUUGAAAAUCUUGAGAAGCUUGGCGUGAGUGUGCAAUUGUGUGAUGGCCCACUGCUCUCGUGUGCCCACACCAUUUGGGAGGCGUCAACCUUUCGACCUGUCCCUGAAUCAUACAACGUCGCAUUAAUACAUCUCCCGACUGGAUACAUAGUCUCACCGGGAAAUUUUUCAAUCCUUCGCAACGGCAGCAUAGCGAUCUGUUCAUUCUUUGACAGGACUCCUCAUUGGACAUCAGAUCAUGUUGCUCAAGGGCUUAUAACGUUGAUCGGAUUGUCCUUGUCGACGAUCGCAACUGCAAUCAUCUUCGUAACGUAUUUGGUCUUUCAAAGCCUUCGUAACCACUUGCGUAUACCGUUAUUGAACCUCACUGCUUCGUUGGUUCUAGCCAGUGCCUUGUUCCUGUCCAGUAACUUGGCUAUGGCAAAUGAUGUAGUCUGCACCGCAGUCGCCUUUGCAGGGCACGUUUUCUGGCUGGCGGUGUCAACCUGGACAAAUGUCCUCGCGGUGGGCAUGUACGGGGCCUUUACGGGGACAGUCGUAAUCCUUCGAAACCGUAGAAUUACCCGGAAACAACUCCUUCUCUCCUACCUGUACGCUUACGGUGUGCCGUGCGGUAUCAGCGUCACCUGCCUCGCCCUGGAUUUGGCAUGCCGCUCGUGCGACAUUGCGUUGUUCAGUUACCGGCGGAAGGACGCCUGCUGGAUCUCCAAGCCUGAACAAGUGCUCUACGCGUUUGCACUGCCGCUGGGGGCGUGCGUGGUCAUCAACUUCGUGUUGUUCUCCCUCACCAUUCGUGGUAUUAGAAUGAACGGGAAGAAAACGCGGUCAGUCAAGGGCAAGAAAUCAAUCAUGAGACAGGCAAUGGAGGAUCUACCCAUCUAUCUUAAGAUCUCCAGUUUGAUGGGUAUAUUUUGGCUGUUCGGUUUCCUAGCAACCGCCACCGGGUCAGCAGCUUUAACGUACAUCUUCUGCGUCUUGGGCUCCUUCCAGGGUCUCCUCGUCUUCGUCAGUUUCUGCAACUCUCGCGCGAGAGAGCUGUGGAGGGCCAAGCUGGUGGCGUGUUGGCGCCGUUGCUUGUGCGCCGCGAGACCGGCUCGACCGCCCGAGGCACCGAGGCGGCUGGAGGGCCUAGGGGCACUCACAGUGAGCGGGCGAUGUGGGGCGAAGGGGAACAGCACCGACGCUGGAGUGGGUUCGAUGUCACAUCUGCAGACGGAAGAGACCGCUCUGUGAACAAAAAACGCAACGCCCCCUAUAGUGGCUCAACCGAACAAUAGGGGUCACCAGUGACGGGAUCAAUUUCUGAAGUAAACACUUUUUAACAGAUCUCACACAACAGAAAUAGAAAAUGACACCACUUUAGCUUCAUAAUGUCUACAUAGGUUAUUUGAAUUUUAGAAUAAAUUAAUGUAUGAAAAUAAGCAACCAAGUGUACCACGUUUUGUCAUGCAUAGAAAAUGAAUUUCAAUGCAUUUAUUUUCGUAUUGUACAUUAUAAGAGUAGUUGGGCAUAGCAAAAUAUGUAACAAUAGUAAGGUGCAUCAGUGUAUAUUUAGUGUAUGUUUUGUGCAAGUACGUUUUAGAGAAAACAGAUCGAAGAUUUAUCGUGGACAUUUUGUGUGAACUUAGCAACCUCCAUAAUGUGUACAGUAGCAUGUUUUAGCUGAUUUCAUCAGAAUCGUUUGAGUAAUUGUCAUUAGUACGUUAGAUUCUGUUGCGAAUAAUAAGCCUUUAUCAUUUCCAUGAUGUAGUGGCCUGUAGUUCCGUCAGCGCAAAGCUGAUAAUUAUGCAGCCGCAAACCACAUUGUGACCUGCGCGGACAGAACCUCAACAUCCACUGCAACAAAAAGUCCUCUGAGUUCACAUUUCAUUCCUUCAACAAGGUUAUACUUCUUUAUUAAUCCUCGAAGGUAAAUUACUAAUUUAUAAAUACUGUUUCGUUGAUAAUCAAUGCUGAUUCUAGUGGAUGGAAUGGUUGAGGGUAAUUACACUGUGCGUUUUUAUGAAUGGCGGAACAAUAUGUUUAGCCACAGCUUUAUGGAUGUACCUAUGGGAGUUAGUUGUUCUCGAACUCUGGCGUCUUUAUCAAAGAUCGUGUAGCGUCGCGUAGAUACGAUAGCGCCGCUAUGCGGCGCUAUAUAAUCUUUGGUCUUUAUCGCCGCUGCGAACUGAGCAACGUCCAGGUAAGAAAGUUGCCUCAAAUUUCUCGCUUUCAGUACCUUUUCUACGUUAUGUGCCCUCACUAAACUUGUUUCAUCUUAACCACUGAUCGCCAUAGAGUAUAGUAGUUGAUAAUAAACCGGAGGCUAGUGCCAUUUUAAUUCAUUUUGGGAUUGU